AUGGCUGACGAGUUCUUCCACAAGAUCGACCCAGACGGAGACGUACUACUCAUCCUCCGCAACCCCAACGCGCCGUUUGCGGUAUGGAAUGGAGAUGAGAGAAUCGAAUGGUUUCCGCCAGAGCAGACCAGAGGCGGGAAACAGGCUGUCUCGGACCUUGCCGACCCUCUACCGCCAGCGGAUGUUUCAGACGAAUGGUGUUUUUCAACUACCAGCCCCUCGACGGAGAAGAAAUGCAAGACGAAGAAAGAAAAGAAGAAGGGAAAGAAGAAGAAUAAGAAGAGGUAUACCUUUGAUGACCAUGACUCGUCACUCUGCAUCGGCAUCGCAUCGGGCUCAACUCUUUCGGGGAUGUACCAGCGAAAUACAGUAUCAUCAUCAUCAUCGUCGUCGUCGUCGGGCUCAACUUCGAUGGAUGCCCUGUCAUGGUCCCAGAAUGAGUCGCAGGAGCUGGCAAAAGACGAACCGCCUGCGCCGGCGCCCAUGGACCCGCCAGCAGAGCCUGCUGAGGCGCCCAAAAUCAAAUAUCUCGUCUCCUCGCGGCAUCUCAUUCUGGCAUCGAGCUACUUUCAGGCCAAGUUCAAAGGUCCUUGGAUGGAGGCAUCCACGAAGCACGCCGACGGUCGUUACCAUGUUGAAGCAUCUGAUUGGGAUUCGGACGCACUGCUCACCUUGAUGCAAGUCAUACAUGGACGCCAUCGGGUUGUUCCUCAUCAAGUUACCCUCGAGAUGCUGGCCAAGAUUGCGGUUCAUGUCGACUAUUACGACUGUCUUGAAGUUACUGAGAUCUUUUCGUCCAUGUGGAUCGAGUCUCUCCAGGACAAGCUUCCCAUCCAAUACGGCCGGGACAUGAUCCUGUGGCUCCUCAUUUCACACGUUUUUCAACAAGACGACAUCUUCUCCCAGAUGACCAAGAUAGCGGUUACCCAAAGCAAGGAGCCGGUGCCGACUCUGGAGCUUCCAAUCCCAUCGAUAGUAAUCGAUUUGAUCGAGUGGCAGAGACAAGAUGCAAUCGAAUUUACCUUGACGACUCUUCGGAAUCUCCUGGAGACUUUCCGUAAGGGUUCGUCUGGAUGCACUUUUGAGUGCUCCAGCAUGCUACUUGGGGCUUUGGCCAAGAACAUGGAUGAGCACAAGCUGUUGGAUCCAGUCCCGAAGGAGCCAUACACAGGAUACUCAAUCGUCGACAUGGAGAAACUGAAGCGAAGCCUUAGGACCAAAGCCGUGGAGGAUGGUAAUUAG